GGCCCGUAUGUGCGGUGAGUGCGAGGCGUGCCGGCGCCCGGAGGACUGCGGGCAGUGCGACUUCUGCCGCGACAUGAAGAAGUUCGGCGGCCCCAAUAAGAUCCGACAGAAGUGCCGCCUCCGCCAGUGCCAGCUGCGCGCCCGCGAAUCCUACAAAUACUUCCCAUCAUCGGAGCUCUGCGCCGGGGCCUUCGACGAGCACGGCCUGGUGGGUAACUCCAACACCCCCCCCCAUAAAAAAGACCCCCCCCCAAAACCCCAAAAUGGGGGAGGGAAGGGGUAUGGGGGGCGCGUGGGGGCUUUAAACUGCAAAGGAAUGGCAGCAAAGGGGCGCAGAAUGAGGCCAAAGGGCUGCAAAUUGGGGUGGGGGGGCUCUGAACCCCAAAGGAAUGGCAGUAAAGGGCCCCAAAUUGGGGUGGGGGGGCUCUGAACCCCAAAAGAAUGACCCCA